AAACCAACCAUCCUCCAGUCCCAGUUCAGACUGACCUACACCAUGAUCCUGAACCUGCUGCGGGUCGAAGCGCUCCGAGUCACAGACAUGAUGAGGAGGAGCUUCUCAGAGAGCCACAGAGACACUCAGGCUCAGGAGCAGAGGAUCAGCCAGCUGAAGAAGACCUUGGCGUCUCUUCCCGCUCUGGACACCGGGGACCAGCUGACAGACAUUUUACCUUAUUAUCUCACGGUGACAGAGCUGAGGAGCACCACAGAAGCCCUGCAGCGAGCCAUCCUGGAGUCGGUGAACGGACUGAAAGCUCUGUCUGUGGGUCGGGUCGUCGUCGUCAACAACAACCAGCAUCUGAACGCGCUGGGAGUCAUCCUGCAG